GCCACAUCUUUAUUUUCUCCUCUCUCUACUACGGAUACACUAGAACGGAUCCCCCUUGCAACUAUCCUACCGACGGACUUCGCCCGCCAGGGAACCAUCCAUAAGGGCCUCGCGCCCACGCGUGUCAAAGACUUGGUCGGGUCUCGUUGCCCCCCAUUCAUGGACGACGCCGUCCUGUCUCAAACUCUUCCCGUGGCAACUACUGCAUAACCACGAGGCCAUUCAGCCUCAGCCCUACCAAUGAGUACCAACUCCGGUCAACACAAGAGCCAAAGGGUUCUGGCCUGUGUUCUCUGCCAACAUCGCAAGAUCAAAUGCGACCGGAACACCCCCUGCUCUAACUGUAUAAAGGCCAACGUCACAUGUACACCUUCAACGCCGGCUCCCGCACGCAAGCGCAGGAGGCCAAACCAGGACUUACAAGAAAGACUCGCCAGAUGCGAGGCUUUACUAAAACAGUAUGCCACGACAGGUAGCGAUACGACGACGACGCCUCCUGGGACGGCGGCGACUCUUUCGCCCAUGACUUUUGCCACACCUUCUUCGGCUGGGCCGUCGCCGAGUAUGCCACAGCUGCCACUGCCCUCGGGGUCCGCUUCAGUAUCCGAGGACACAUCUCCACCCGCGACAUCCUGGAAGCCGGCCGGCAAAGUCGUAGUUGAAGAUGGCAGCGUCCGCUUCAUGGACAGUUAUGUUUGGGCAACAGUGCAUGAUCAGUUGACCGCAAUGCGACAAAUCAUCGAAGCCGAGGAAGAGGAACAGAGUGUUCUAGGAUCCGACGCCGUGACCCCCGACGACAACGUAGAUCUUCUUCUGAACGAUAUUGCCGCGAUCGACCUGGAAGAUGUCACCCCAUCUCCCGUUCAAAUAUUCAGACUUUGGCAGGUGUUUUUGGAGAGGGUCAACCCAAUCACCAAACUCAUUCACGUGCCCAGUCUGCAACCCCUGGUUGUGGAAGCGGCUGCGAACCACUCGAAUGUCGCGAACAACGCCCAGGCUCUGCUAUUUGCCAUUUACCUCGUCGCAUCUCUCACCAUGACCGAGGCAGAAGCCAGACAGAUGCUGGAUGCGUCAAAAGAGGAGGCCCUCAAGAAGUUCACUGCUGGUGUCAAGGCGGCUUUAACCAAGGUCAACUUCCUCAAGAACCACGACUUGAUGACGCUGCAAGCUUUGAUAUUGUACCUGGUCUCUCUUCAGGGGCGAUAUAACCGCCACGCGGCUUGGGUGCUCAGUGGUGUGCUAAUCCGUAUUGCGCAAAAGAUGGGACUUCACAGGGAUGGAGAUUUGCUCAACCUCACUCCAUACGAGACGGAAAUGCGACGACGACUGUGGUGGCAGAUUAUCAUGUUGGACACGAAAUAUGCUAUGGUCUCGGGAUUCUGCGACACGCUACUACCAUGGAACUGGGACACGAAUACGCCGCAGAACGUAAACGAUGCCGAUCUCUUCCCCGGAUCGACCGAACCCGUCCAGCCUCGUGAAGGCCCGACAGAAAUGGCAUUCUGCCUGCUCUUGUACGAAGUCGGUCGUUUUAUCGUCGAAAACCGUAUCCCCGAUUUCGAAGCCGUCGUUCUCGGCGCUAUGGAGAACGACAGCCAAGAUUCCCAACUGGCGACUCAGACUUCGCUUGCCAAGUACCGGACAUUGGUCGACAAUCUCGAUGCGAAACUCGUAGCCCUCGAAAAGCGAUACUGCGAUCCCCUUGCCGGCAACAUUCACAUCGUAGCGACCAAAAUCCGAUCCAUGGUUACUGACAAGAUGCGGGCUAUGAUGAUCCCCAUGCGCGAACUGCCCGAGUUCGGCACAGAGAUCUUCAACGUGCAGGACAACAUGUUCCGGAUAUCGCUUAUGCACCACGAGCACAACGUCGAAUUGUACGACUUUAUGGAGAACACUGGCUUUGUGUGGUUCUUUAAGCUUCAUUUCCAAAUCGACGUCUUCAUCGUCAUGGCUGGACAGCUUUACAAGAGACCGACAGGCAAGCUGGCCGACCGCGCUUGGAAGGUGGUCGACAGGAUAUAUCAGUACCACGAGGAGCUGUGGGACAUGUCGAAGAAGGAGAACACGCAGCUGGGCGUUUACAUGCUCAAGGCCUGGAGGGCACGAGAGCGCGCUCUGGUCCAACUCGGCCUACCCUACGAUACACCGGUUGCUAUCCCCCGACUGCAGGAUAUCGUGCCUCAGACGAGCUCGGAAGCGUCGUCUUGCGGACCCUCGCCGGCACAGACGAUGAAGAUGGAGAUUCCUCCGAGGCACGACCAACCCAUGGACCAAUUCCUCGGCAAUUUCCUUGACACUACAAACUUUUACGAUUUGGAUAUGUGGGCGGACUUGGGUGUUCCCAACGGCAACAUGAACCAGCAGUCUUCAUCAAACAUGUUUGGGCAAUUUGGGAAUUUCGGCGUGCCACCAACGAAUAGGGGAUGGUGAACGUGCGGCAUCAUUGGGAUUUCACGUCAUGCUAGCUCCGGUGCCUGGGUAGAAAAUGGGAAAGUCAAGGGAGUGAACUUGGUCAGGGGGGGGUGUAAGGACCCGGGUAUCUACAAUCAAUCUCUCGUUGAAUUAGAAAGAGACGGGAAAUCAUUACUUGGGGCAUUCUUUGGAUUUGUCUUUGUCUUUUGGUGUUAGGAUUUUACAAAGAGACAACUC